AUGGAGCCAGCACUUGCUGAGGAGCAUCAGAGCUAUCCAAGCGAUACUCCAUCUCUAGCUACACCUCCUACCAAGGUCAAGCGAACAAGAAGGUCAAAGAAGUCCAUGGCUGCUGCCGCCGCUGCUGCUGUUGCCUCAGCCGCCCAGCAAACUAUAGUACCCUCAGUCAACGAGUCACCACCAAUCAUUCAACAUGUUCAACUAACAAGCGAGUUGAUGAUGGAGACGCCUGCACAGACAAGACGUAGAUCGUUGGCAGAACAACUUAAACAGAAUGCUUUGGCAGCGGCAGCAAAGAAACAGAUGGAGAGGUCAAAGUACUUGGUGUCAUCAAUUGGAAUUGAUGAAGCGGGCAAGGGUGCUGUACUGGGGCCUUUGGUCAUCGCCGCAGUAUCACUCAAUGAACAAGCCGAGCAUCAUCUCAGAGCGAUGGGCGUGAUGGACAGCAAAAGAUUGUCACCAGCACGACGCGAACAACUAUACGAGGUGAUCAAGGAGCAUGCACUAUACACCACCAUCUACCUGUUGGAGGCUCGCGACAUUGACCGGAUGCGUCAAACAAAGACCCUCAACCAGAUUGAGACCGAGAUCUUCCUUGAACUGAUCCAGCGCUCGGCAGACUAUCUCAAGGAGAACUAUAACGCUGCCGGUGUGCUGGCGACAAAGACUGCCACUACCACAGCAAUGGAUAUGAAUGAGCAUCAAGAGGAGGCCAUGGCCUCCAUGAAGGAGGGCUGGCGAUUCACUGUUCAGCUGGACAGUUUGGAGCGCAACAAUGUCAAGUUUGCGCAACCCUUUGUCAGGCAAUACCCUUCGCCAGAGUUUGAUAUUAUAUGCGAGACAAAGGCCGAUGACAAGUAUAUUGCUACGUCGGCCGCAUCGAUAAUUGCCAAGGUUGAGCGUGACCGUGCCAUCGCGGCGUUGCAAGAGAAGCUUCAGACACCAAUUGGAUGUGGAUAUCCUAGCGAUCCUGUCACUAUCUCUUUCAUCGAACAUUAUCACAAGACACACAAUAGCGAUCAUCAAGAUGUGCGACUGACUUGGAAGACGUUGACAAGCAAGCGCAACAAGGUGGUAAUAGCUCCAUUGUCAAUGGAUGGGGAUGGUGCCACGUCGACGUCCAUCACUCUUGAAGAGACCAAUGCCAAUGCCAUGGCCAAGACCAAAGCAAUUCAAGACGUUCAGAAAGAGAUGCAAACAACGUUGCAAACGAUGGAGCGGGCUACAUCAGAGGCCAAUCUUAACAAAGAUAACAACACACUGCAAAGCGAGUCUAACGACCAGUUCACAAUCAUACUCAAGUCGAUACAGCGCGACAUGUCAUCAGUCAGCAAGUCGAUCGAGCUGUUGGUUGAGCUGAUACGCAACCAGGAUAACAACAACAACAAGCGCAAAUGA